CAAAAAGGUGCGCGUUUGUUGGGACUCAGACUCAGAUGUGGAAAUAGUGCUGAGGGGGAGAUGCGAAGACGAGCUCUUCUCAGGAAAGCAUGAGAGCGAAGAGAGCUGAAAGUAUGGUGAAAGACCUCUCUGGGUUGUAUGAUGGAAGGACUGAGAAAUGAAAUAUCAAUAUGCAGCUCUAGGCCCUUCCCAUGGCUCGGUCCCCCCAAAAAAGAGUCCUCAACCCUGCUAUGGAAACUCAAAGACUGCUUCCCAUCCAGUGAGACAACCCCUGCUCAGCAAACAGAUAAAGAAAAAAAUUACAUGGACAGCAGAAAGGCUGUGCUGGAACUGAAAGAUGUCCCUCCUCCUCCUCCGCACCAUUCUUCCUCCUCCCAAUCAUCCCAGCCCUUCCCUAUGGCCCCCUUCCCCAUGCCUCCUCCCUGCUUGCUGCCUCCUCAGCUUACAGAAGACUCCCUCCAACCACAACCGCCACCACAACAACAAGAGGGGGCUAGCCCCAAAGUAAGCAUUUACACGCACUGUGACUACUGUAGCACAGACAGCUAUGGGUUAUUGGGCAGUGGAAGUGUUGUUGGUAGCAGGAGCAGCAUGGCUGGUGUUGUCUCGCUCUAUAUGGCCCCAGGCUCUCUGGGAGCACCCGGCAGCAGCAGCAGCAGCAGCAGCUCUGGCCCAGUCUGUUCAGUUUCCUCAUCUGUUCAUCAGUAUAAACAUCAUAUGAGCUGCUCAGCUGAUGCUCUUGACCCUUUGCACACUCUUGGUUACAAACCUCAGAUGUCUUCUUUGGUCGCUACCUCUCAGCCGGUUUCAUCACACCCCUACCUUUCCUGCUGCUCAGGGCCUCCCCACAACUACCCAGCUGUUCCGGUUCCAUGCAGCCAGCCAAACCUGUUCCCCUCCCAAGCACCUCUGGCUUCCUCUCUCCCCUGUGUUUCCUCUCUACCUGCUCCCUUGCAUGCCUCUUGCCUGGCCUCUUCUGGCUACUACACCUGCGGGGUGGGCUGCUGCCCGUCAGCCAGAAGACCCCAGAGAAACACACUGGGUGAUCACCCAACCACCACCACCAUCACCACUACAACCACCUCUGCACACUUCUGCUCUAAUCCUAUGCACCUCAAUGUAGAACGCACGGUUUGUGUGAAGGGGGCGCACUACUGCCGGGAUUGCCUGUUUAAGCCUAUGAAUGGUCUGGCGUCAGAGUCAGGCGCAGUCUGGCCCAAUGUUCCUCUUCCACAGACUGCUCCUAUCCCUAUUUGUAAUGGCUGUGGCACCUCCUCUGAUGGCAUGAUGAUCAUGCCGUCAACCAGCCUUGGCAAGAGUGGCCUGAAGUAUGGUUCUCCAGAGAAUGGGGGCCCUGAGAACAUCCCUCCGGUGGGGGUCUUCUGGGACAUUGAGAACUGCAGCGUGCCCACUGGACGCUCUGCUGGAGCCGUGGUGCAGCGAAUCCGCGGCCGGUUCUUCCAAGGCCACCGUGAGGCCGAAUUCAUUUGCGUCUGUGACAUCAGCAAGGAGAAUAAAGCCGUCAUCCAAGAGCUCAACAACUGCCAGGUUACUGUUGCACACAUCAACGCUACAGCCAAAAAUGCAGCGGACGACAAGCUUCGGCAGAGCCUGCGACGCUUCGCUGAGACGCACACCGCCCCCGCUACUGUCGUACUCGUAUCCUCGGAUGUAAACUUUGCAAGUGAGCUGAGUGACCUGCGCCAUCGCCACGGUUUCCAGGUUGUCCUGGUCCACGGCAACCAUGCAUCUCCAGCGCUGCUGCAGCAUGCCAACCGCCACGUGGCCUUCCAGGAGAUCACAGCAGAUCUGCCUCCACGUAUGCUUGUCAAAGCACAGCCCAGUUUCAACCUCCUCUAUGUGCACAACCUCCCUGAGAACUGUGAUAAGAGCCUGCGGAAUGCUGUGAAGCUCAGGCUGCGCCGCCUCUCAGACAACUGUGGUGGCAAGGUGCUGGGCGUGUCCCAGGGCACAGCUGUCCUCCGUUUUGGCAGCAAUGAGGCAGCGGCGCGUGCCCGCAAGCGAAUGGAGAAUGAGGAUGUGUUUGGCCGCAGUAUCAGCCUCUCCUUCUCCCCGCGGCCCAGAAACGAUGCGAGUCCCGAGCCUGAGCUUCAGUCUCAGCCCCAUCAAUUGCCACAGCCUAUGACUCUUCCCCACACCAAUCACAGCCAGGAUUCAAUGUUUGGCCCGCCCCCAUCCAUAUCCUCCUUCUCCUUCCUACCCCUGGAGAAGCCAAGGUCACCCAGGAGGCCACGGCGAGCGACCCGCCCGGGCAACGCCCCUGGCCCAGAGCCUGAAAGGCCCUACAGCCCCAGGAGGGGGUGUAGUGGGCCCCCCGGUGGUGCUCCAGCCAAGCCCCAUCAGGAGCUGGGGAUUGUGAAGGGUUUCCACACCCUGGAGAAAGGACGAGCUGCUUCCUCCUCCCCCCACAGCAACGAAGAGACCUCCCUGCAGAUGCUGCCAAAGCCUGGCCUCAUUGGAGAAUCCAUGUACAGGAGAAGAAGAGAGGGCUCCUACCCUCGCAGUGGGACUGAGUCCCCUAUAGACCAAGGGGACAGGAGCUCAGGGGACUUCCAGAUCAGCACACCCUCAGCCUUCAGCAAGUUGAACCUGCACAGGAGCUUCAGCCCCCUCAUCCUGUCCCAGGGCUCCUGGUCGUCAAGGAGUGCGUCGCCCUGCCUGUCCAGCCGCUCCUCCCCCCUCCUCACUGCCCCGCACAGCCCGUGCCCUGAAGGGCCUCCUGAGCCAUUCUCAGACGGGGCAGACGUGCAGGUGGCCAACCUGGACUACAGAAUGUCCCGCAAAGAACUGCAGCAGACACUGCAUGACACUUUCACCCGUUACGGGCGGGUGAAAGCUGUGGAGCUCAGCCCGCACACAGACUAUCAGCUGAAGGCCACAGUCCAGAUGUUGUCCCUGCAGCAGGCCAUCAGUGCCGUCAGCGGCCUGCACCGCUAUAAGAUCGGAGGCAAGCGCAUUCAGGUGUCUCUGGUCACCGGGGGCGGCAACAAAUCCCUCGCCAUACUCAGCACAGAGAUCAUCCACAUUCUUCAGGAUGCACCUGCCAAUUGCCUUCCCCUCUUCAAGUUUACAGAGAUCUAUGAGAAAAAAUAUUCCCGUAAGCUUGUGGUGGGGGACCUGUACAGGCUGCCUGAGGUGGUGGCAGUGCGGGAGCAGGGAGGCUCCAGGCUCGUGUGCCUGCUGCCCAGCAGCCAGAUCCGUCAGAGUCCUCUGGGGUCCUCCCUGUCCCAGGAGGUCUCCUCCUCAGCCAGCGGCAGCCCCGUGGUGUUCGAGGAGCUUGAGUACCAUGAACCCGUCUGCAGAGACCACUACACACAGAGGGACUUCAGUGAAGCUGACUUUGACCCUGACUCCUAUAAAAUACCCUUCGUUGUGAUGUCUCUAAACACCUUGGCAUCUGAGGUCCACAGUCUGCUGCAGUCACACGAGGGAACUCUUCCAUUACUCAGUUUUCCAGACUGCUAUGCAUCAACGUUCAGCCCCCUGCAGCUGGGCACUGAGACUCUGCAGGACGGUGUUCCUCUGGAGCACCUCAUCACAUGUGUUCCCAGUAUUACUAUCGUCACAGCUCAGAACGGCUUCAAAGUCAUCAAGUGGAUCCACAACAAACCGCCAGCACCAAACUCCGAGCCAUGGAUUCAGCGCUGCAAGAGUCCAGUUGGAAACCCACAGCUCAUCCAAUUCAGCCGAGAGAUUAUCGACCUGUUAAAGAGUCAGCCUUCCUGCCUCAUGCCCAUGAGCAAGUUCAUACCCUCCUACCACCAUCACUUUGCCAAGCAGUGCCGUGUCUCCGACUACGGCUACUCCAAACUGCUGGAGCUGCUGGAGGCCGUGCCACACGUCCUGCAGAUUUUGGGAAUGGGCACCAAGCGUUUACUGACUCUGACUCAUCGGGCUCAAGUGAAGCGCUUCACCCAGGACCUGCUCAAACUGCUUAAAUUUCAAGCCAGCAAACAAGUGGCAAUCAAGGACUUCAUGCAAGCAUACCAUUGGUGCUUCUCUAGAGACUGGAGGGUAGUUGACUACGGCAUAUGUGACCUGAUUGAUCUGCUGACGGAGAUCCCCGACACCACCAUCACUAUCGCACAUCAGGACACGGACACCAUCAUCUCUGUUCCCAAGAGAGAGCGUACGAUGGAGGAAAUGGACCACACUAAGCAGUUUGGAAAGGAGGUGGUGGACCUCCUCCGUCACCAGCCUCACUGCCGGAUGGCCUUCAGUAAGUUUAUCCCCACCUACCACCAUCACUUCGGCCGUCAGUGUAAGCUCAGCUACUACGGCUUCACCAAACUGAUUGAACUCUUCGAGGCGAUCCCCAACAUUCUGAUGGUGUUGGAGUGUGGAGAGGAGAAAGUGCUGACUCUAACAGAAGUGGAGCGCAUCAAGGCUCUGGCGGCGCAGCUGGUGAAGCUGCUGCGGGCUCAGAAGAACUCCAGCCUUCCUGUCAGCCAGCUGCUCACCGAGUACAGCAAGACCUUCGGAUACGGCCUCCGCCUGCAGGACUACGACGCCAGCUCCCUGCCCGCUCUGCUCACCAAACUCUGCCAUGUUGUCAAGGUGAAGGACACCUACACAUUUAGUUUGUUCUGUUUCUGUGGAUGUGGGGCGCGCGUCCCCCCUGGACGAGACGCGAGAACCUGUACUCGUUGUGGGGAGGAGCGGGUGAGGCUGACCCGGCUGUACCAGUUCGCCCGUAACGCCCGCAGCCUGCUCCACACCUACCACUACAGCCAGAUCUUCUUCACUGAGUUCCAGGUGGCUUACAACAAAUUCACAGGCCGCAUUCUCGAACCACGCUCCUAUGGAUACAUGGGUAUCGACGAGCUGCUCAGCGCCAUUCCACAGGUGGUCUGGAUCAAAGGGCACGGUCACAAGAGGAUUAUCGUUAUGAAGAACGAUAUGAAAGUAAGGGCAAGCUAUUCAGUUCCCAGCAGUCCACAGCUAGGAGAGCCCACAGAGAGCCCGAGAGAGAGCCCCAUGAGCAACGCUACGUCAGGAACCCAGAGUCCAGGCUGCGAUGUAGUGUCGGAGUCGGAGCUGCUGUGUCUGACCCCCCCCCUGGACCUGCUCUGUGGUCCGUUCCCCUCCUGCCUGCCUUCCCCUCAGCUCCACCCAGACCCCGUCAUCCAAGAGAUGGACCUCAUUCACUUUGAGGAGAAAACAACACCUCCAGAGAGCGGGGAACUUGCUGCUGUCGCCGACUCUGCAGUCUCCAAACCAGACAGGAAGCCCCCCCUGUCCACGGACAGUCCCGGCAGGAGAGCCACGCGCAGCAGAAUCAAACUCGCUGCCAACUUCUCCUUCACGGCAGGCCUCUGAUCCUCUACACACAGCAAUACUAGUUCACACAGUGUAACUCUAAAUCAAAGAGUUAAGCGGCGACACUGAACACACCACAGACCAGGAGCGUUAGCUCUUAACAGGCUGCUUUCUUCUUACAUCUCCUCAUCGGCCAUCUUUGUUUUCUUCCGUUUGAUUCUGAGGGUGUUCGUCAUGCUGUGACUUUCUUCUUGCAGACUUUCUGCAGUUCUUUUAUUUGCCAAAUGAACCUACUGUAACAUGUUGAUUCCGAGGGAAGUCUAAUUUUCUGUGUGGAUCUAAAGUUCAGCGCCACGGUGUUUCAACUCGCUGGCUUACAAUGAAAACAGUCUAAAUAUGAGUUGCCACUGCAUACAGAGUAUGCGAUAAUGGGAGAAGUCCUAGGGAUAAAUGACUUAAGUUUUCUAUGUUAAAUCCAACUAAUGUAGUUUUAUAAAAUUACAGAAGAGAUUUUUGGUUCAAGCGGCAUCUCAAGAAACCUUCAUUUAUACAUCCUUGCUGGAUCCCCUAAGACGGAGCAUUUAAUUUAUUCAUUUUUAAACUCCUUUCAAAUGUUGUGACUCUUUGCUUUUUAGUUAACUGUAGACAUGUCAACAAAAUGGCUGCUGAGCACCAGCGUACUCUUGGGUAAAGUUUCCAAAUGGGUAGCUUCUCUGAGGUAUCUUCUCGUCUUUGUUAGGUAGCCUCAGGACAGCAUUUUCAGUUCCUUUUUAUAAAUGCAGAGUAUGUAUUAGUCUGUGGGAGAGUGUUGCCCAAGUGUGUGGUGUAUUUUGAUGACAUUAGUGUUAACUAUUCAGAAUGUGGCUUUCCUUAACGGAAGCCAUCUGUUUUUGAACGGUUUACAGCGAGGUUUUGAUUGAUAUUGCGACUUAAAAUCUCAGGAAUUUUUAUUCUUGUCGUAUUUGACCUUAUUUAUUGCAAAGAUUUUGGCUCUUUGAAAGUCCUUUUCUGAAGACCUGAAAGUGGGGUGGAAAGUGGCUCUCUAAUACUCCGUGGGUCCAGAUGUGUGCUGAGGCGGCAGGAACUGAGAUGUAGAACUUUAGCCAGCAGUCUGUGUUCUUUUGGCUGCAGUUUGUCUGUGGGGUUUACACCGGAGUAGGUGGUGUGAAAUAUGCAUGGUGUGCAUAAAUGAAUUUAUGCAUGUUGUAAGCCCGGGAGGAGCAGGCGAAUGACAUUUCUUUUACAUCAGACUUUUAUUUCCACCGUGUCUCGGAGAGUCGGUCUCACCCCCUGCCACAAAACGCUCAAGGUUUCUAGAACCUUGUUGCUCUUAAGUCUGUGGGGACGUGGACUGCCUGAGGAAGAGUUAAGGGGAGCGGAGAGCACUCCCGAGUUUUUGAUUUUUAACGACGAGGUGAUUGGUUGUGAGAUAUUAGAUUGGAGCGGUGGGCUGUUUUGAGGAGCACCACGGGGGCUCUGGGCGGCCUCCUGAAGAGACGACGUGCACACAGAGGACCCUCUGCGGCUCUCUGGAAUCUGCCGGGCUUUUACAAUGGCUUGUAUUUGCCGCGGUGCCAAAGGAAUCCCCAUCGCCUAUCUCCCCUCAGGCCCCUGCAUCUCACAAAGUUUUUACUUGCUGAUGUGUGUUGGUUUCUCAGUUUUUCCUCAAUUGUUUACAAGACUGCUGGAUGCCCUAUUGCCACCAAAAAUGUUGGCUGCUGUGAAGUGAAGCCCGACCGCUGAAGUCUAAAGGUUGUUUGUGUUCGGAGGAAAGGUUAAACAAAAUGGGGAAUAGCCCAUUUAAUCAGUUUCUGUCCAGUUUCAGUGUUCACCUCUUUAGCCAGUGUUAAUCAUUUAGUUUGUCAGACUUAAUUUUGACUUGAAGCCUUUUUAAAUCUGAGAUUUCCACCUGCUGACUCGCCAAAAUGUCAAACACAAAUGUUUUUAAAUCAGCGC